AUGCAGGCCCUCCGCUCGACCCUCAAGGCCGUGACCCGCCUCACCGCUAGCGCACCCAUCGAGGUUAUCACGGCCACCUUUAUCAUCAUCACCUUGGUCUACUUCCAACUUUUGCACGCGAUCAAGGGUUCCGAGUUCUUUACGUCUCUGCCUACCAGCACCCGUCCGUCGCGUCCUGUCAACUUUGUCCGUCUCGCCGACAAGUCGGGCGACGCCGCCUUCGCUGGAGCUGGCUCGCGCGCCUCGAUCGCUCACAUUCCCGCCCCCAAUGAGAACUGGAUCCCUCUCUCCUCUAGCGACUUCCGUCGUGCUGUCGAGGCGAACGCCCUGGAGGGCGGCUUCGUUCUGUCCCAGGAUGAGGGCGGCAACACUGCUGGAAAGCGUGCUGCCAUCGCCUUCGUGAAGCAGCUCACCGUCUCUCGCGAGGACGGAACCGACGCAGACCGUGAGGCGUGGCGUCGCUGGCUUCUGAACGAUGUCACCGUCCCCUCGCCCAGCGGCCACGAGGUUUCGUACGCUGACCUGUGCUUCGGCCCCAAGUGCGGUGACGCGCCCAAGUUCGAGGACCACCCCCUCAACGCGGACCUGUCCACGCUGACCCUCAUCCUCCGUGCGCCUACCCCGGACUCGCCGACGCUCUCGUACCUCAACCGUCUUGCUCACCUUCCUCCCGUUCCCCUCCCCGGAACUAAUGCGACUGUCUCUGUCGUGCCGGGCGAGUCUGGUUCGAGCUCUUGGGGCGGUUUCUUCCCCAACAUUGAUGGCGCCAACCUCUUCUCUGGUCUCGCCCCCGCCCAGUCGGCCGACACCAACUUUGCCGUCCGCAAGGUCCGCUGGAUUGCGACUGCCGCCCGCGUUCUCGUCAUGCGUUUCUGGACACUCGCCAAGAACGCCGACUCGGCUGACGUCUUUGUCGUCCUUCUCGGCUAUGUUCUGAUGCACGCGACGUUCGCGCAUCUCUUCAUCGACAUGCGCAAGCUGGGAUCCAACUUUUGGCUUCCGUUUGUGACCCUCAUCUCGUCUACGUUUGCGUUCAUGGUUUCUCUUUUGUGCGCAUACCUGCUCAACGUCCCGAUCGAUCCCAUCGUCCUUUCUGAGGCUGUUCCUUUCCUCGUUAUCACCGUCAGUUUCGACAAGCCUCUCCGUCUCGCCCACGCCGUGUUCGAGCACCCUGACAUUUCGCCCGUGGCUGCUUCGCCCGAGCUUACCCCGAUCGACGGUUUCGAGGACGACGCCCCUAAGAACGGCCUCGAUCUGCACGCUCUGCACCGCGAGCUGGCGCCCAUUGAGCGUCUCCAGAAACUUGCCGACGGAAAGGGUAUCCGUUGGGUUGCUCCCGUCGCUGCCAGCAAGAUUGUCUCUGACGCCGUUGCUCAGUCUGGUCUGAGCAUCGUGCGUGACUACGCUCUCGAGAUUAUCGUCCUUUCCAUGGGAGCCGCCAGUGGCAUUGGCGGUCUCCGCGAGUUCUGCUACCUCGCUGCCAUCCUCAUGGCCGUUGACUGCGUCUUCCUGUUCACGUUCUACGUUGCCAUCCUCAGCGUUCUCGUUGAGGUUCACCGCAUCAAGCUCAUCCGUGGUAACCGCCGCGCCAAGGCCGCCCUCAAACGCUCCGCCUCGAACCUUUCGCUGGCUAACACCCCGAAGGACUCACCCUCGCCUACCAAGACCUCCUUCUUCGGAGGUGGCAAGGCGCCCAAGGCUGACGGCCAGCCCGAGAACCCCGUUGUCCGCCUCAAGCUGUUCCUCAUUAUCGCUUUUGUUGUCCUGCACGUGCUCAACCUCUGCACCACCCUCACCGAGCAGACCGCCCUCAAGCGUGCCACGACCCACAUCAUCUCGUCGGUGCCCCGUGUCGACUCGCGUUCGACCAACCUGUCGACCAUCCUCGACACCCUCUACAAGGCCCAGCCUCCCCACACCGACAUGAUUAUCCAGAUCGUUAACCCGACCCACCUCGUCAUGUCGUACACCAACCGCUCCGCCUCGCAGCGUAUUGAGCGCAUCGACAGCUUCAUGUCCGAGUGGUCGAUGCUUGUCGGUGACCCCGUCUUAUCCAAGUGGAUCGUUGUCGCUCUCUUUGUCAGCAUCCUCCUCAACGGCUACCUGCUCAAGGGUAUCGCGUCCAACUCGAUCGGCGGAAAGGGCCCCGUCGCUGCGGCUGCCGCGGCGCUUGUCGGUGUCUUUGAGGCGGCCGAGGUCAACGGCCAGCCCCGUCGCACUCGCGCUCCCUCCAUGCUCGAGCGCUUCCGCAUGCCCAGCGUUCCCGGCAAUGGCCACAAGUCGCGUGCCUCGGUCGCGACUGUUGCCGGUGACAAGACUCCCACGAACUCGCACAAGGUCAAUGGCCACGUCAAUGGCCAGGCAAACGGUUCUGCCAACGGUCUCGCCAACGGACACGCGAACCCAGUCGUCUCCAACGGCAUUCCUCCCGUCACCAUCGCUGAGCCUGUCGUCUCCGUCGACUCUGCUCCUCCUUCUGGUGGCCUGCAGAUGACCUUUGGCCGUCGUUCCCUUGAGGAGUGUGUAGACAUCUUCGCCGGUGGCGUUGGUGCGAACAACCUUUCGGACGAGGAAGUCAUCCUGCUGGUCCAGAAGGGCAAGAUUGCCCCCUACGCUCUCGAGAAGCAGCUCAAGGACUGUGAGCGUGCCGUUCGUAUUCGCCGUGCCGUCAUUUCCCGUGCUGCUCUCAACCAGACUCUCGAGACCUCGCUUCUUCCCAUGAACGACUACGACUACAAGAUGGUCAUGGGUGCCUGCUGUGAGAACGUCAUCGGUUACAUGCCCCUUCCCGUUGGUAUUGCUGGUCCCCUCAACAUCGACGGUCAGCUCCUCCACAUCCCCAUGGCCACCACUGAGGGUACCCUUGUUGCCUCGACUUCGCGUGGUUGCAAGGCCCUCAACGCCGGCGGUGGUGUCACCACUGUUCUCACUCAGGACGCCAUGACCCGUGGCCCCGCUAUCGAUUUCCCCUCUGUCCGCGAAGCCGCCGAGGCCAAGGUCUGGAUCGACUCUGACGAGGGCUUCUCGACCAUCCGUGACGCUUUCAACUCGACUUCCCGCUUUGCCCGUCUCCAGCGCCUCAAGACUGCUAUGGCCGGCCGCACUCUCUACGUCCGUUUCGCCACCUCGACUGGUGACGCCAUGGGCAUGAACAUGAUCUCCAAGGGAACUGAGAAGGCUCUCGAGGUUCUCCAGCGCCGUUACCCCAACAUGGACGUUCUCGCCUUAUCUGGAAACUACUGCACGGACAAGAAGCCCGCUGCUAUCAACUGGAUCGAGGGCCGUGGCAAGAGCGUCGUCGCCGAGGGUAUCGUCCCUGGCCACGUCGUUCGUACCGUCCUGAAGACCACCGUCGAGGAGAUGUGCAACCUGAACAAGAAGAAGAACCUCAUCGGUUCUGCCAUGGCCGGUUCCAUUGGAGGAUUCAACGCCCACGCCGCGAACAUUCUCACUGCCAUCUUCAUCGCUACCGGACAGGACCCCGCCCAGAACGUCGAGUCGUCGAUGUGCAUGACCCUCAUGGAGCCUUGCAACAACGGCGAGGACCUUCUUGUUACCUGCUCUAUGCCCUCGAUUGAGUGCGGUACCGUUGGUGGAGGCACCAUCCUUCCUCCCCAGCGUGCCAUGCUCGAGUUCCUUGGCAUCGCCGGCGCCCACGCGACCUCGCCUGGCGCCAACUCGCAGAGGCUCGCCCGCAUCAUCUCGGCCGCGGUCAUGGCUGGUGAGCUGUCGCUCAUGGCGGCGCUCGCUGCUGGCCAUCUCAUCAAGGCCCACAUGAAGCACAACCGCUCGGUGCCUGUCACCCCCGGCACCGUUACUCCCUUCACCGGCAUGACCCCUGCCGUGAACGAGGAGCGCCUGCUGAAGGGCACCCUGCUCAAUGCCUCGGCAAAGGGGAGGCCAGGUUCGAGCGAGGAGGAGCCGGUGAGCGAAAAGGAGGAAACCGACGUGAAGAAGGAGGAGACCGGAGAAGCGGAACGGGAACCGAAGGAUGUCGAGCACGACGAGAGCAGCGAUCUGCUCAGCGACCUUCCCCAGUCCAGCAACCCUCCAGAGCCUCCUUCCAAGGUCGCACCUGUCCCGAAGGCAGAAACGGCACCGUCCACUCCUCCUCGCCCACCGCAACCCCUUAGGGCUAGCUCGAGCCCUGGCCUGAUGAGCCCGGCCAGUCAGCUCCACGGUCUUUCUGGCAUCUCGGGCAGCCCCACCACACCGUUCAGUCCCGGAGGGCUGGGACUCCGUCUUCAGCGCUCCAUUUCCGACAUGAGUGCUCACCACAUCAUUUUCAACCGUUCCCCAUCCCAAGCAACCACGCCAUCCCAUUCCCGGUCUCCAUCAGUAGCAUCGGUACAACUCAAAAACACGACCCUAGUAGAAGACGACUUAGACGCGGAGUGA